AUGACCUCCCGCCAGUACAAUGUCCUUCGUCUCGUUGCGGCGGUGCUUGGGGUUGCCAGCGCUACUUAUGCCGUAGCACAACAGGACAGCUCGAACUCCACGAGCAGCUCAAGUUACAGUGCCACCGUUGCCGAUGAAGAAGCAGGUGAGACUGCUGCGUACAUUGCUCGGGGGUAUGCGUCAACGAUGGACAAAGACGAACAACGCCUGACGGUCAUCGACGAUUCGCUGCUCAUGGAGAGCGUCUGCAAUGGCGACCCAGUGGUGUUCCUCAAGUCCAUGACGGUCCCUGCCAACGGCGCGUGCUUGCCGGCUCAAAGCCGCUAUAACCUCUCGUGCUCGUGCCUCUCGGGCUUUGCCAACCAAACGCAAUGGACGUUUCGCAUUCGUGCUCCUGACUCGGAUCCAGCUGCACCGUUCCCCACGACACUGGACAUGGACACUAUCGUGCAAGUGAACUCGUUGAUGCUGCUGGACGUUCCCGCCGAGUUGCGGUCCCUUACAAUACAAGGAGCAAGCAGCCGUCUUGUCCCCGUGCACUUGGCAAAAGCGACGACCGCCGACAGCACUUUGUCGAUCGUUCGCUCGCAGGAGGUGUCCGCUCUGACGAAAGUGAACCUAGCGGCCAACAACCUAUUUAGUAUUUAUACCCAACUGCCGCGAUCGGUCGAGGCAUUGCACGCAAUGACCGACAUAAAUCUGGCAAACAACAGCUUCACCGAGUUUCCUGCUCAUCUGCUUCGGUUCCCCAAUCUGAAGAUGCUGGAUCUGAGUGGCAACGCCAUCGCAAACCUGACAGUCACGAGCGAUGAACUUGCCGUGAUUGCACACCUUUCAGUCUUUCGCAUCGACGAUCAAGUGGAGACUGGCGGCAGUGCAAACGAAUGUGAACGUGGUCACUGGCAAGUCAAGCACAACGCGCGAUUUUGCGUUGUGAACAGUACCAGCAGUCUUCCGAUCACGGAAAUUGCCGUCGCUCAAGGCAGCGAAGACAAGAGCAUGAACUGGAAGAUCUUUAUGGUGAUUGCGGCAUUCGGCGGGUGUCUUGUGGGUCUCCUGAUCUUCUUCCUCGCUACGACCUUUUCCCGAUGCCAACGGAAGCGUCAUACCAAACUUGUAUCGGCGUCGCCUGGUGCGGAUGACGUCUUGACGCCAGGCAGGAUGGAGGCCAGUGCAUCGCAGGCGGUGUACAACUCGCUGCAUCCGACGUUGCAUGCAGGCAUCCUGAACGACCCGCUGAUCAUGUCGUUUCGGCUCAAUUACAACGAAGUGAAAGUCGGUCGCUGCAUCAGCAAAGGCGGCUUCGGGCUCGUGUACAUUGGCAUGUACAAGCAACGACGCGUGGCCAUCAAACGGAUCAUGCGCGAAAAGUGCGAAAAGCUUUCGCAAAUUCGCAUGUUCAUUCGCGAAAUCGCACUCAUGGGGUCCCUAAAGCACGAGCGCAUUGUCGAGUUCAUCGGUGUCGCAUGGGACUCGCUGCGCAACUUGAGCGCCGUCACAGAGUACAUGGAGCGUGGCGAUUUGCGAGAUGUACUUCACGCGCUCAAGCGCCACGGAAGCCAGGCGGACGAUGGACUCACUUGGCGCGGUCUCAAGCUGACCAUUGCACUCCACAUCGCCGAGGGUCUGGCGUACAUGCACUCGCUAAGUCCCAAGGUAAUUCACCGCGAUCUCAAGUCCAAGAACGUGCUCCUCAACGACGAGUACGAGGCUAAGCUCAGUGACUUUGGCGUCUCACGGGAGCGGCAAGUAGUUGGCGCCAAAGGUGGUCUUGGCAAAUUCAUGACUCCAGGCGUUGGUACGUCCUUUUGGAUUGCGCCCGAGGUGUUGCUUGGCAAAGACUACGACGAGCACGCAGACAUUUUCUCCUUUGGCGUCGUGCUCUCGGAGCUUGACACGGACGAUUAUCCGUACUGGAACUCUGGAACCGUUCCCGGGCACGGCAUUCCUGAUGAACGGCGUGUGCAGGAGCAGAAGAUAUUGGAGAAAGUAGCGCUGGGCUCGUUGCGUCCGACGUUUUACAACGACUGCCCUGCCGGCGUCCUGUCAUUAGCUGCUAGUUGCCUGGAAGGGAGACCCGAGAACCGACCGAGCGCCUCGGAAGUUGUGCUUACGAUCAAAGAGCUCAUCCGCGUCGUGCUGUUCGACGGUCCUCACUCGGAGCCCGAACCUGACGAAAUCGUCACGGCUGGAUUUCUCUCGGACGACAACGAGUAG